AAUCAAUCAAUCAAUCCUACCUUCCGGAAAGAAAACGCCCGAGGAUAUCUACCAGCCUCGAUGUCGUGAGUAAAGUCGAUAUCGAGGGCCGGAAUCCCAAGCUUUUCAUUCUCCAAAGAUUCAAAAUAUGAGACCUGGCAGGACCAAACAAACGACGAUCUGCUUGAUCGCGUCCAAGUACCAUCCUGGAAAAGGGGCCUGCCACAUCACGUGCCACAUAGCAAAGAUUCAUCAUGCCUCCUUUGUCGAGGACCAAUUCAUGUGUGGAUAUUGAUUUCACGCUCCGUCGCAAGUUUAAGAAGACCUCUUUCAGGCCCUUGCAACGUGAAGUCAUCGUUGCCGCACUGAGCGGUGAUGAUGUCUUCGUUCAAGCUGCUACUUCGUUUGGCAAAAGCUUAUGCUUUCAACUGCCAGCCUUGAUUGAUCAUGGGAUCACAAUUGUCAUCUCGCCGCUCUUGUCCUUGAUGACUGAUCAAGUAAACGCUUUACGUGCUGCCAAUAUUGAAGCCGGCACUAUCAACAGCCAUACCCCUUACCCAGAAAGACAGCGGCUCUUUUCAGACCUUGCCACCGGCCAUCCCGUUACGCGGCUCCUCUACGUCACACCAGAGCAAUGUAAUGCAGACAGUUUUCGAAAGCAUCUCCGAGUCGUGCAUGAGCAAAGGGAGCUUGCCCGAAUUGCCGUCGAUGAGGCUCAUUGCAUCUCGGAAUGGGGCCAUGACUUCCGUCCCACCUUCAAAGAACUACGCUGGUUUCGAGACAGCUUCCCAGACGUGCCUAUCAUCUGCCUCACGGCAACAGCCACACCACGAGUCCGCCAGGAUGUCCUCACGACACUGGGGCUAUCAGAAACCAAAUUAAAAGUCUUCACCAUGACCACCUUCCGAAAGAACCUGCAUUAUGAGGUCCGGUUUAAAUGCGAUAAAGAGGACCACUAUGGCGAUUUCUUAGGCUGGCUAAAGAGAGUCCAUAAGCGGCGCGCAGAGGAUCCAGCCCGGCGCGCCGAGCUCGAACGCAACAAUGAGCGCCUCGACAACGUCUCAGGGAUAAUCUACACGCUCUUCCGCCAGGACUGCGAGGAUCUCUCAGCCCGCCUGCGCGCAGACGGCAUCGGCGCCAGGCCCUACCACGCGGGACUCCGCAACGACGAAAAGAACGAGACGCUACGGCGCUGGGUCGAUAACGAGAAGGGCUACGACGUGAUAGUGGCGACGACGGCGUUCGGCAUGGGCAUCGACAAAGAGAACGUGCGGUUCGUCGUGCACUGGCAGCUGCCCAAAUCCUUCGAGGGCUUCUAUCAAGAAGCGGGCCGCGCGGGCCGCGAUGGGAAAGCGAGCCUCUGCAUCAUGUAUUACAGUCGCGAGGACCGCGAUCGCGCCUUCACGCGCCUCGCCAAGGAUGGUCGCUCGGGCUCGAAUCUGGAAGCUAGGGUGAAGACGCUGCAGGCUCUGAUCGAGUACUGCGAGGACACGGACACGUGUAGACAUAAGCUGAUCUGUCGCUACUUUGGCGAGAAAGAGAUCCCCGCCUGCGACUAUGCUUGCGAUUGGCACAAAGACGCAAAGAGUUUGAAGCGGGCCAAGUUGAACGGUCUGGAGAGUGAGGAGUGGGUUAGUACACAACGAGACAUGGGCCGUUUUGAUAAUGGUUAUGAAGGUUAUGAAGGUUAUGAUUGAGUCUUUUUUUUGAAGGGAUGGAUUCUCAUAGCUGAUUGCUUGGAAUAUAUGUAGAAUAAGCCCUUCUGAACUUACACAAAUGCUUUUUAUUGGCAGAAGAACGCUCUGCCUCUUCUGUCUCUGUAUGCAGAUCACAUAUAUAUAUCAAAGACCUCCC